AUGGUGAGCAGGGAAGCCUUUCACUUGCCUCACACCCUGCCUGGAUCCUGUAGACUCCUCCUGGUCACCUGCCUGGCUGUGCUGCUGUGGGAAGCCAGUGCCAUUCCAACACCCCAGAUACCUGCUGUGACCUUCCAUCCCAACCAGCAGGGUUUAUGGGGAAAGGUCUCCAUCAAGACCAAAGGUAAACACAGGGCAGCUGAGCAGGACACAGAAAAGGCCUGGGGCACCCAUGCCAUGGAGCCUCUGGAGAAGGAUGACCGGCUGGAGGCACUGCACCCUGGGCCUAUCAGGAAGCUCAAGGUGGAACAGCUACCAGGUCAGGAUGCUAAGGCCUGGGUGGAGAUCAAGGAUAUCUUGGGCCAUUUUUGAAGCCCCCAGCGAGGUCCUGAGCCUGAUCUUGACAGCCUGUACAACCCCCUAUCCAAGGAGGUCUAG